UGCGACAAAUCCAGUCUCACUGGCUUUGCCGCAACCCUGGGAACAUUUUGGCCAGGGCUUUUCACCCUGAAACCCUUCUUUCCCUCCUAUGCCUCUGGACGGGACUUCUUAGUUGAGGCUUUUGUCGCCUCGUCCUUGGGGCACGGUCCAGGGGGGGUGGGUAUCAUCCUCUUCGGAGGAGGUUUCACGGGGGUAUCUCGCCCGCGAGCCCUCCCGAAGGGGUUAAGGGGUAUUGCACCCUCCUUCUUGGCCCUGCUUUGGAGGGGGGGACGCGACACACCUGACGUGGAGGGCCCCGGGUUGACUUCUGGCAACUGUUUGAGGACAGCAGCCAUCAACUCGGGGUUCCCCGACAGAACUGCCGCGAGACUCCUCGCCAAAGCCUUCUGUUUGGCCUUUCCCCUGGUUUUUUCCGCCUCGGGGUCUUCCACCCGAGCUUUUGUGGCAGUCUCGGGGUCUUCCACCCGAGGAACCUCCUUUGGUGGAGAGGUUGGGAUCCCGGUGUGUACCACUGAUCCCUCCUCCACCUCCAUCGGCUCCACGCCGAGGUCCAGUGUGUCGGGUUGAAUAAAAUUCAGCCCGACGUCGUUGUGGAGUGCGAGAAUUGCACUCAACUCCCUACCCGCCUGAUCCGAAGAUUCCCGACCUGCAAGUAAAUGUCGGGUUAUCUCCGGGGGCUGUUCAUUGUUCACCCGUACGGGUGUCAAUCCCUCGAAAGGGUCAAUUUCUGACCCUGGAGUUACACACUUACCCUGCUGGGUAUUCUCGGCAGUAUCCACCGCCUUUUCCUCCGGUUUAUUUCCCAUUUUGUCUGCACUGGAAUUAUUCACACCACGUGCACUGAAUAAUUUCGGGGGAGCGUUUGAAAAUUACGUCUGCACGUGUCAGCGGUCAGAACGUAAAAGAACGCUCCUCGUGGCUAAUCUCGGGGAUUCGACAGGUGUCAGAGUGGGGGGAUUAAAGGCGGGUGUCGAUUAAAUUAAUCGUCCGUGUCCCCCUAGUGAUCCUUGACCUAAAUUUGCAUAUUUAGGCGGUCCUUUUGAAAUCCUUAUGAUUGACGAUCAAUCAAGGUAUUCCAGUUCUUUCGCGAGAUACCCAGGACGUGGCGCCUCUCGCGGACCGAUUUAGGACUCCCGACCUCCCCGGUCGGUAAGUCCGUUCCCUCUUAUCCCUUCAGCCGGUAAAUUGCCUUCUUUCGAAGUGACUUUCAUUACCGACCUGGUGAAGAGUGUUUUUCGGGGUUUUUGAAUUGUUUUUCACAAUUCUUACCCCUUUCCACUUAUUCUUUCGGCUUUUCCGCUCGAAAAAGGAUACACCGCGUGUCCGAGGGCCCCUCUCCGCCUUGUUUUGCGGGGAAUACCUCCCAGAACAACGGAAAGGAUCUUCUCCGACCAAAAAAAAUCCUUUGAAAUAUUUCCUUUUUCAAAAAUAUUCCUUCUCCGAGGUACGAAAAAUUAUUUUUCAGAAUUUCUGCGGUGUCUCUCGGUUCUCCCGAUUAUUCCUCUGCGGAAAAUCCAUUUUGAAAUCUCUACCGAGAAUUUUGUUCAACCGUUCGUGCCUGGAUCCUUUCGAAUCCUUUCUCUUCGGAGGCCCAUAACAGCCCAAUCGUUGCCGCUAGCGAGAUUUCGCUCAAGGGACGUUUUGACAGAGCAUGCUUCAGGGCAUCCGAAAAGAUGGCGCUUGUGGCGGAGAGAAGAAAAACACCCGAGAUCGCGGUGAAAACUCCUCUCCCCAAUGACAAAUCGAUGUUAUUUUGUUCCCAAAAUAACUCUCAUUUCAAGGUCCCCAAAUUCUAUUGGUCAGAAUUUCGGAAUUCCACAUUCCUUCUCGAUUUAUCACGGUUGAGGGGGCCCCUCCCGCACCCGAGGCCAUCCUUCCCUGGGUGACGGGAAGCACAGCGCUCAGCGUGUCAAGACUAACCCCUCCCAAGCGAGAAAUCGAUAACUUCGAAUUUCUUUCGUAAGAAAAAUUUUUCCUUCCCCCCGUGCCUGCCUCCCCGGGGUGACGAGGAGACAAAACAUGAGGUUCAGGGCAACUUCCUCACGAUCGAAAAUUCGUCCCGAAUGUCCAUUUUCCUUUUCGGGAAAACCCGGAAAUUCGGCUACUCUUGGGGGGGAAAAAAAAACCUCAGAUUAUCUUUGCAGAUAAUUUUCACUCACCCAUUUCUGGGGCAUUCAUUUACUCCAUUGGCGUGGCCCCACGUUGGGCGCCAUUUUGUAAGGAGAUUUUGCUGGGGCUUUCGCCCAGCGAAAAUUCCAAACGUUCUAGAGCCGUCUCUAUCGCUCUUUUAUUGGGCGCCAGCCAAACCUUCACGGGAGGUUCAACGAAAACCGGCCUCUGGGGAAAUAUCGUCUACCCAGAGGACUUUUGUGGCCGGACAAUGAAUUGCCCAGCUAACGUCAGCGUGAUACGGUAGAGUGGGCGAGGUCCACCUGGAGUAUUCUCUUUACUUAACAACCGCCGGUAUUUCAGGCGGCGUCACACACUUUACAGUGGCAGUCCGUUAGGAAUGAAAAUUCCUCUUUUCCUGGAGAAGCCUCUCAGCUCCUCCAGCCUUCUUCCCCAGAACUUUUCAGUCCUGGAGGAUUCAAGAAUUCACUGCGAAUCAGCCGGGACUCCUCAGAGCCUGGGACGUCGAAAGGCUGAUCUAAACCAGAGCAGAACACUGUUACCUACUCCUGAUCACCCACACUUUCAACCACCAGUUACCGCUUCAGUCAUCGCGAGUCACCGUCUCCGGGUACUCGAACAUCGGCAUAUGGCCGGGUCGACAGGAGGAUUACUUCUACUCCAGACCCACGGGUCCACAUGCUCGACAUUUGUUUCGCCGAGCCGGAUAACCCCGGAAACAACAAAGUCGUCACUUCGAGUUCCGAGAAACUCUUAUUUCUUAUGGGGGGAAUGCAGGGCAUUCCCCUUCGCUCGCCAUCAGCGGUUCUUCACCUGACGACGUGGGACUCUCGCCCCCUUUCCGAGGCCUUUACAAGCCAUUGUGCCACAUCAUACUCGGGAGAAGUCUUUCCGAACCUCUCACUUCAAGCGUCCGUUCUCGACUGCCUCGAGAUCUCCUAGGGCGGUUGCCUCCUAGUCUGAAUAUCGCAGCGGCGAUAGGUCAUUCCGUUACCCUAUCCCACCAAUCAACUCGACGGGAUCACGGAGGGACCAGACUUUAAACACUGGUACUACAUUUUACCCUAGGCUACCCCGACAUAGCCUAUAGAGUCGCCCAUCUGGAAUCCCAGUACGUCGGGCCAUUUUCCCCUAAACACAGCUGGGCGAGCUCUACUACGGCGAAAGUCCAUUAACGUCCUCCAGACUAUCGAGUGCACGGUUUCACCCAACCGUACGCCUCUAUGUCUUUCAUUGGGGAUUUCAACCCGUAACGAGAAAAUCUCGUUACAGUGUACAAAUGUAAACCACGUAACCUAGACAUUCUUUGGAAUGAGACUCAAGCAGUGUGUAGAGAAAUCUCAUUGGACGUUUUCAUACGAUGUACAGAAUCAGUGGUGACUCGUACUCAGAAUUGUAUUGAUACUGCAGGUCACCAAUUUGAACAGUAUUAACAUUUGUUAUUUAUGUUUCAUUUACAUUGGACUUUCAGCUUUCUAUUUUUCUGAAA